CUGAGCCCAGCCGGCAGAAGGACGUGGAGCCCUCCCCCGUGGCCAAUCAGCGGAGGCUGGGCCCCUGCCCUCUCGGCCUCUCGGCAGCUGCGGGGAGGCAGGAGUCCUUGCCAUUCCCUGGAGCCGGACUGGACCCUGCCCGGCCCCCCUCAAUGAGCACAGCCGGGGAUGAAGCGUCCCUGCCCACCGGACCCUCCAUGUCCAACCUGAACGUGGCCUUGGAUGAAUGCAUGAUCGCCCUCGACCUCUUUCUCACCAACCAGUUCUCCGAGGCACUCACCUACCUGCAGCCCAAAACCAAGGACAGCAUGUACCACUCCCUGACCUAUGCCACCAUCUUAGAAAUGCAGGCCAUGAUGACCUUUGACCCCCAGGACAUCCUGAACGCCUGCAACAUGAUGAAGGAGGCUCAGACCCUGUGCCAGAAACACCGAAAGAAAAUAUCUGUAGCGGGCUCCUUCAGCAACCUCAUGCACCGUCCUACCCUGGACCAGUUCACCGAAGAAGAAAUUCACGCUGAAGUAUGCUAUGCUGAGUGCCUCCUGCAGAGAGCUGCUCUGACCUUCCUGCAGGAUGAGAACAUGGUGAGCUUCAUCAAAGGAGGCAUCAGGGUGCGGAACAGUUACCAGACGUACAAGGAGCUGGACAGCCUGGUACAGUCCUCCAGUUACCCGAAGGGGGAAAACCACAGCCAUUUUGAAGGAGGGGUGAAGCUUGGUGUGGGCGCCUUCAACUUGACACUGUCCAUGCUUCCUGCCAGGAUCUUGCGGCUGCUGGAAUUUGUGGGCUUCUCUGGAAACAAGGACUACGGGCUGCUGCAGCUGGAGGAGGGAGCCUCUGUGCACAGCUUCCGGGCUGUGCUGUGUACCAUGUUGCUGCUUUGUUAUCACACCUUCCUCAGCUUCGUGCUUGGCACUGGGAACGUCAACAUCGAAGAGGCCGAGAAGCUCCUCCAGCCUUACCUGAAACGUUACCCCAAAGGAGCCAUCUUCCUCUUCUUUGCCGGCCGGAUCGAAGCCAUCAAGGGCCACAUUGACACAGCCGUCCAGCGCUUUGAGGAGUGCUGUGAGGCCCAGCAGCACUGGAAGCAGUUCCACCAUAUGUGUUACUGGGAGCUCAUGUGGUGUUUCACCUACAAAUGCCAGUGGAAGAUGGCCUACUUCUAUGCCGACCUGCUCAGCAAAGAGAACUCCUGGUCCAAGGCCACCUACAUCUACAUGAAAGCCGCCUACCUCAGCAUGUUUGGAGAGGACGAUUACAAACCUUUUGGAGAUGAUGAAGUGGAGCUUUUUCGAGCUGUGCCAGGCCUGAAGCUCAAGAUUGCUGGCAAGUCUCUGCCCACCGAAAAGUUUGCCAUUCGGAAGUCUCGGCGGUACCUCAACCCGAACCCCAUCCCGCUGCCUGUGCCGGCCCUGGAAAUGAUGUACAUCUGGAACGGCUACGCGGUGAUUGGGAAGCAGCGGCAGCUGACGGAGGGCAUGCUGGAAGUCCUCGUCAAGGCCCAGGAGACCCUGGAGAAGUCGCCAGCCAACGAGUUCUCGGUGGACGACCUGUGUGUGGUGAAGCUGCUUCAGGGCCUGUGUCUGAAGCACCUGGGCCAGGUCAGGGAGGCCAAGGAGAACUUCCGGUUUAUCCACACCAGUGAGAAGAAGAUUAAGUAUGACCAUUACCUGAUCCCUAACGCGCUGCUGGAGAUCUCCCUGCUCUGCCUGGAGCAGGGCAGGACCGAGGAAGCCCUCAAAUGCUUGGAAAUGGCCAAACAAAACUACAAGAAUUACUCCAUGGAGUCCAGGACGCACUUCCGGAUCCAAGCAGUCGUGCUUCAGGCCAGGGCGGCCCCCGAGAAUGGGAGCGGCCCCGAAGUGUCUGGGGUGCUCUAGCUGUGGGGCUUGGGGCUGACCCUGAGAUGACCAGAAGGCAGGAAGACCAAACAUUUCAGGACAAUCAGGCCCUCCCGCCCGCCCUCCUGAACCAAGCCCAUAGGAAGUUGGUGGGUGGUGGAUGGUGAAGCAUAGUUGGAAUUGAGUUAGGCCAGGUAGCUCCCCCUUGCCCAAGGCCUGUGGUCACCCCCACACGGGUCAUCACCCUCCACUGUGAUGUUUAACAGAAUGUUUAAAGUUUACAUUUUUCUUAGAAAUACAAUGACCGCCUCAUGGGGGUCACGCAGAGGCUUAGCCCACAUGCCUCUGCCUUGAAUCCAAAUUAAUCAGAAUUGUUGCUUCCUCAUCAUACGAGGCUGGAGAAGGAGACUUUUCAGGUUUCCAGUCUCCAUGGUAUGUAGCUGGACAUGGGUGCCUGUGGCUGGGUGAUGGAUGUCCCCCCGGUCCACAAAGGGCCCACCUCUUCAUGAGACCUUCUGUGGUCUUUCACCUUGACAAGCCUCUGGGGAGCAGGGCGGCCCAGGGGGCUCAGAGUAGAUGCUAGAAACCUCAAGGGGCCUCGAGGCCCUCUCUCACCUUCAAAGCUUCACUUCAUCCUUGACCCCAGCCUGGUGCCUCUGCGACCUCAGAAGCAGCACGGAAGGCACCAGACUAACCAGAGGCAGGAAGGCAGGGGCUCUAGGAACCCGUCUGUGGGCCUGACGAGGACCAGCAUGCCAUUCUGCCCCAUCCUGUCCCUGGCACUGGGUUUAAAACCAAAGGAAUUUGUGAAGGCAGAAGCCUUCUUAACUUUGUUCUAAGACACCCAGUUUAUUUAAUGACAACAGUCUGUUUCCUUGAAAGUCAUGGCUGUCCAUGGUCUGUUCAGUGCAUUUGUGAUUUUUCAUGGUUAAGAGAGAAGAUAUAUUUCAGUAAUAAAAACUGACCCAUUUAAGAAA